GAGAUAUUAAUUAUUCUAUAAUUAAUAAAAAUAUUUAUUUUUAUAUAUAUAUAUAUUUUGCUAAAUGUUGGACUAGGGAAUUCCACUCUAAAAUAAAUUUAAAAAAAGAAAAAAAAAAAAUAAUUUUUAAUUUUAGAUAAAAUUAAAAAACACAUAUUUAUUCAUUUUAAUUCAUUAAAAUAUACAUAACACUAUUUAUCAACAAUGUAUAAUUUCUUUGAUAGAAUUAAGGUUCCAUUGACAGAUUACAGGAAGAAUCAUCCACACAAAAAAGAUGAUGAUUAUGUAGAUAUAGAGGAUCAAAUUAAUAAAGGAAAUUAUCCAAAUGAUUAUGGAAGCAAUGAUAUCGAGUUGCCAAGUCAUUUAAAAGAUAGCCCAGCAGCAGUAGGACCAUUACCAAAUGUAUUAAAACAGUCACAAUAUAUUCAAAAUAAUUUAGUUAACCCUCUUAGUUUACCAUCAGCUUUGAUACCACCACCAAAUGUUCAUCCAUCUCAACAACAACUCUCAACAUCGAAUUUAAGCAAUCUAAUAAGUGGUGGAGGAAUUAACAGUGGUAAUUAUAAUCCAUUAAAUGGUAGUGUUUUAAAUUGCAGUGAAUUAAGACCUUUUGGUUCAAGUGAUGUUCAAAGUAAUUUAACAAGUACCAGAUCAAUACAAAGAGAUUUAACAAGUACCAGAUCAAUACAAAGAGAUUUAACAAGUACCAGAUCAAUUCCUAGAGGUCCUGUAUCACCACCAGUUUUAUCAGCCACAUCAAAUGUUGUUGCAGUACCAGGCGAACAUAUCAAUGACGCACCGAUUAAAACUGUAGCUUCACCAACAAUCACUGAAGUACAUGCAAAUCAUGAAUUACCAAACAGUGAAAUUAAUAAAAAUAAUGAUAAUGUUCAAUCAUUAAUUGAACAAUCCAAUAAUUUACAACUACAAAUGCAAACUUUGAUUCAAAAUUUAGCAAGUUUACAACAAAUGCACAACAACCUAACCUCACUGCAAAAAUCGCCGUUGCCAUCACCAUCACCACAAGAGCACCAACCCACAUCACCACUUUUAGUAUCACCCAAACAAGAGCCCAUCUCUCCAUCAUCUGGUGCUGGUAAUAGAAGAAGAUUUCACCAAUCAUUCCAACCAUUUCAAGAUAUCGAGGAGCAAGAACAUCCAGUGCCACACUCUGUUAAAAUUCAAGAGCCUCCAAAAGAAAAUGAAGAUGAUAAUAGAAAAGGCUCAACAGAUAUAGAAAUGAACGAAUUGUUUGGUUCAAAUAGCAAUAUCGAUAACAAUAGAAUCAAUUCAAGUAAUGCAAUUAAUAGAUUCGGUGUAUUUUAUAACCAUAAUUUAGAAGAUAAAGUUAAAGAAGCAGGUGAUAUAUCAGAGGUAGAGAGUACAGUGCAAGUUUCACCAACUUUUAGUCAAAGCAGUAGCGGCCAUAGUAGACGUAAAUCAAUUUCAAUCCCAUUACGUGAUUUGAAUAAAUAUAGAGAUUCAAUUAAUGAGCUCAAUAAUGCACAUGCCUCAAUUGUAAAUAACGAUGGAAAUAUUUUAAUCGUGGGCGACGAAGAAGAAGACGAAUUUGGAGAUGACAAUACAACCAAAAAGACAGUUAGUGUUGGAGGUAACUUUAGUGGAGGAGAUUUUAGUGGUGUUUAUAGUGGCGAUCUCGAAAAAUUACCAUCUUCUCCUCAAUUACCAUUACCAAUCGUUCCUGUAGGUGGUACUAUGAAGAUACCAAAACUUCGAUCCAAAUUUAACAAAGAAAAGAUGCAAAAGUUUAAAAAAUCAGUAAAGAAUAUUUUAGCACCAGAUAUGACUGUACCGGUACAUAUUGUAGAUGCAGAGCAAACAGAGGCAAAAGUGGUACCAUUUCUUAUGGAGUUGGGUAGAGCUUUAUUAAUGUCUGGUGUGCCAUCCAAUAGAUUAGAAUACGAAUUAACCUUAAUCAGUGGCACUUUUGGUAUAGAUGGUCACUUUUUUUCAACACCAACAGGUAUUUUCUUUUCUUUUGGUUCUCCACAUUCAAUUCUUUCACCAUAUACUCAUUUCUUAAGAAUUAAUUCAACUAGCUAUAAUAUGGAACGUAUGAUUCAAUUAGAAGACUUGGCCGAUGAAAUUAUUUAUGGUAAAGCAAAUUGUAACGAUGGUCUUACCAGAUUAAGGGAAAUUCUUUUAAAAAAACCAAUCUAUAACAUUUAUCUAAGUGUUUUAAGUUAUGUUAUAUCAUCCUUUACAAUUGCAUUCUUUUUUAAUGCCGGAUGGUAUGAGGUUGGUGGUUGUUCAAUUAUCGGUCUAUAUGUAGGGUUACUUUCUUUAUUAUCUUCAAAGUUCUCAACAGUAGGUAGAGUUUUAGAGGCUCUUUCCGCUGCUGGAGGUUCUUUUAUAGCGUCGAUUUUCAAUGCGUAUAUUUAUCCAGUUCCUAUUUUUAUCGUAACGCUGGGUGGUAUUAUAGCCCUGGCGCCUGGUCUAUCUUUAACAGUAUCAAUUGCGGAAAUUUCUACAAGAAAUCUGGUCUCUGGUAUAUCACGUCUAGUGGGGGUAUUUGCUUGUCUGCUACAGUUAACAUUUGGUGUAGUUUUAGGAACAAAAGUUUCUGCACAGAUUUUCCCGCUUCGUGAUGAAAUAGCGCCAAAUUCGUUCCCCUCUUGGAGUAUUUGGUGUGUUAUUAUACCUGCUGCUAUAUCAUUCUCUUCCCAACUCAACGUUCAUCCCAGACAAUACUGGGUAAUUGUUGUAUCAUCAUGUAUAGGUGUAGCUUUUGGUAAUUAUACUACAGAGUAUUUUGGUGAUGUUGGUUCAUUCUUUGGUGCUUUUGCAAUUUGCGUUUGUGGUAAUCUUUAUUCUAGAUUCUCAAAUGUUAGUCCUAUUUGCAGUAUUUUCUCUGGUAUUAUUUUACUGGUUCCAGGUUCAAUGGGUGUCAAAGGUAUGUUUGCAAUUUCAAAUGGUGAUCUCGAAGGUGGCACCAGUUUCUUUACUGGUAUGUUCUUUAUUGCUAUUAGUUUAACCAUGGGUCUUCUCAUUGCCAAUUUACUUGUACCUCCUCCAAAGAGUAUGUAA